GCAUGCUGUGUGCAGUGUGAAUGUGGCGACAUUGAGAAGGUCUUGGGUUGAAUUAUAAACAGAAAUAUUAAUCUACCGAAGGGACGAGACGAGAUCUGACUGUAAGAUAAAGGUUCAGAUUAGGCAGAGACCAUGUCCAGUCCUUUGGGCACUGUCAAAGCAGAGGGCCUCGUAAUGCCUGACCUAGGCCAAGCUCCACAAGGCUGCCCCAUGCACCAGGACACCAAAAAAAGUGCACCUCCACCUGGGUGCCCCAUGCACCAGGCGUCAGCUAAAGAGCAUCCAAAGAGCGUUCCAGAUGUUCCAGCACAUCAGGAGAGGGCCUAUGAAUUUGUGGAGUGUCCUAUGAGAGCUGCUGGUGGAGGCAGACCCACAGCACACGACAUCGACCCUGCUAAUAUGAUGCCUCCACCUAAUCAGCAGCCUUCGCCCGGUCAGCCUUUUUCUCUGUCUGUGAAAAGAGAGGAGUCUACUAUCCCUCGUGCCAGUUCAGGUCAGAACUGGGUCUACCCAUCUGAGCAGAUGUUCUGGAACGCUAUGCUAAGGAAAGGGUGGCGCUGGAGAGAGCAAGACAUCUCUCAGAAAGACAUGAAAAACAUCAUUAGGAUUCACAACCAGAACAAUGAACAGGCAUGGAAGGAGAUCCUGAGAUGGGAGGCACUGCAUUUAAAAGAGUGCCCGUGUGGACCUUCUCUUCUAAGGUUUGGAGGCAAAGCGAAAGAUUUCACUCCAAGAGCCCGUUUUCGUCACUGGAUGGGGCAUGAGCUUCCAUUUGACCGGCACGACUGGAUAGUUAACCGAUGUGGAAAAGAGGUCAGAUAUGUGAUAGACUACUACGAUGGAGGUCAGGGAUCCAGUCACACCAUCCUAGACGUCCGUCCAGCGUUUGACUCUUUAGAGGCCGUGUGGGAUCGUAUGAAGGUGGCCUGGUGGAGAUGGACGUCCUCAUGAACCUGUUCUACUGCGAGUAGAUAGGACUUAUAUUAAAAUAUAUUUAUUAAUAACACUCUGGCUUACUUACUCGGUUUGACAGGAGAUGCUGAGAUGACCUCAUCUUUGCCUCUUAUGCACAAGAAUGCAAUGUCCUGCACUAAUUAGCAGUGGUUGCUAUUCAGGUUAUGCCAUGUUAUUAUGGGCUGUAAGUGUGAUUCGAGCUAAUGUACAUUAGUAGAAUGUAAACUUCCCAGUGAGAAAGUUGACUGUAAGGUUAUAUCAGCGCUUUCGCUUCAUAUGCUGCAGAUUCUGAUGAUAACAGGAUAAACCUCAUGACAAUUAAAGUGGAAUUCCACUGAUUUUUAUAGAUUUCUACAUAGUUAAAUGGUUGAGAUGGUUAAAUUGUAAACGGAGUCAUUCAGAGUGGUU